CUAUUAUUCUACAACGUAGAAAAUAGUAAAACAAAAAUAAAGAAAACCCCUGGAAUGAGUAGAUGGGUCCAAACUAUUGACUGGUACUGUAUUGUGUAUUACAUUUAAAAUAUAUUUUUCUACUGUUACAUUGUUUAGAAUUAGAGUGCAUUCUCAUUGUGUGCGUCAGUUAACCCGUAGCCUAUUCUUUGAUUUACUAAGUUUUAACCGCCGGGAACUUAUUCGUUUUAGGUUGUAUGCCUAUUCUGUUUUUUGUGUAGAACUAAAUAGUAAAAUAAUCAUUUUUGGAGGACAAAGUGUGUGUUUGAUUAAAUUCACUACUUCAAUGAAAGUCAAAGAAGGCUGAUUUUAAAAAAUCGAAUAAUAUUCCAUUCAGUAGCAGCUACAAUAUGAUACAGCAACCGGUAGCAAUGUUGGAACUAACAUAAGUCGUGUGUAAUCAACCUUUAAUUUGAAAUACGAUCCAGGAAGUAGGUGACAUCUUGUUUCCGGAACAAGAAGAGUUGUGUGAAGAAGCGUACAGUUUGUUGUAAACAGUUAAGUCUUAAGACGUUGACUGAACAAUGCAAAUUAUUAUAACAUAAGCGUUUAACAUAGAGCCAAUGAGAUGUCCGAUACUGUAGCCUUUCAUGCUCAGCUAGCCUCCAUCAUUGAGGUUUUGGCAAAUGCAGCCGUUGCCGAAAUCUGCAAACUUGUAGAUGACGGCCAUGCUGCCUUACGGUUGGAAAUUUCCCAUAGCCAGAAAGAAAUCGACAACCUGCGGAGGAAGCUGCUUUUGACAAAAUUCCAGAAUUCUCGACGGAACGCAGAUAAAUUGGGAGUCCUGCGACGCACCGUUCACAAACGCGUGGACACCGAUACUUUUACCCGGGCAAGGGCAAGAGAGAGCUUCGUAGAAAAGCCAACAGACAGACUUGGAUAUUUGCAGAAUUGUUUUGCCGACAGUGAAGGGAGCAACUUUACGCAGAAUGUAGCCAACUGGAGAGACUCCGGACGCACAGCAACAGACCGGGAUUGGGGUAUGCAGAUGGCAGAUAUGCAGGAGGCACCUCUUAUCAAAAUGGAGAACCAUGGCACCAGCAGAACAGAAGAGAUUGUCCAACCAGUCAGUGAGAGCAGUGUGAAGAUCAUUGUAGCAGAACCAGGUUCUUCAUCAUCUACUGAACCCACAGACCUUCUGGACCAGCAGGGCAACAGACACAGAGCUCCAGACACCUCACUCAAUAUAGAACCUGAAAACCAGACGUUCCAGCAUCCAGCGUCACAAUACAACAGAGCAAGACAGGACCAUCAGGUUGCUGAGGGUGUGACCUGGGAAACUGACCAUCAACCCAUAGAAUACAGCCUGUCCCAAUGGACAGAGAACCAAGAGACUGACAACCCAACUGUGAAUGCUCCUCACAAUGCAGGGCCAGACUCCAAGAGGCUGUCUGGACAUCCAGAGAGGAGAGGGGCGCCAGGUAACUCAGGGGUCAGCAUGUCUGCUUCAGGCUCUCUGGACUGGCUGCCUGAUGUGGUGAUGGUGGACUCAGUUCCCAUUAAAGUGGAGGCAGAUAUGAGUUCAGAAUGGAGCAUAACUGGCCAAGAGGUGACAUCUGGAGAGGUCUGUUCAGAAAGCAGACAGCUUGUGGACAACAGAGGAAGAGGGGGAAUGGAGUCUGGACAGACAACGUGUCCCCCUGACAUUCAACAUGCAGAGCAAGGGACAACUGUAGGAUCAAGGUCCAAGAUGUCAGAUUUCAAUGGACUGUCCACCCGAAACAGAUUUUCAUCCCCAAGGGUUACUCUCCACCAGGUUCCCCAAAGAGGGAAGCCAGCCCACUUCCCAAAUUUUAACAGAGGCUCCACUUCUUCAUCGAAAGGCAUAGAAAAGCAGCCACAACAGCUGACGUCUCACUCGCCCAAGAGGCAGCUCCGGUGCAGCCUCUGUGGAAAGCCCUUCCACCAGCCGGCGCACCUGCGGAGUCAUAUGCGGGUCCAUACGGGUGAGAAACCGUACGGCUGCAGCCACUGCACCAAGCGCUUCUCCCACAGCCACCAGCUGAAGAUGCAUGAGAGGGUGCACACCGGAGAGAAACCGUUUCAAUGUGUCUACUGCGGGAAGUCCUUCACCCAGUCCGGCAACAUGAAGAAGCAUCUCCUCGUCCACACUGGUGGCAGGCCACAGGAUAUUGGGCUGCCCUGAGUGUUCCAGGGUGAAGUGUCCCCUUGGUAGAGAUCUAGGAUCAGCUUCCUCUCCCACAAUCUUAACCUUUACCAUUAGUAGAAAGAAAUGCUAAACUGACCCAACAUCAGUGUCUAGGGGCAAUUUAACACUACUCUACCAGGCGUUAUGAAAUGCAGGGCCAGUAGUUUUUCCUCAGAAUGUGACCAGACUGGGGGAAAACUCCUGGUCCUAGUUGUAAGGGCUCCACACUCGUGGGUUUUCAUAUGAGAACGGAGUCGAUGUGUUUUUAACAGUUUGAUUGGUUUCUACAUUAAACAGUUCCGGUGUGUAGUGGUAAUGUUUUCAGUGUACUGGCUUGAUGCUUGGUCCAGAGUGGAUAGAUAAUGUAUAAGUUAUGAAGAAGACUCGAUCCCGAGCUAGCCUGAUGACUCUCACUAAAUCAUUCAGCUGCUCUGUCGUUCACGACAUACUUUAGUCUGAGACUGCUAUCAUUGAAGUUGUUUGUGGUGAUAAGGGGCACUAUGGGUGUUGUACAAAAUAAAGUCAUCAGUAAUUGCAUCGUCUCUAACCAAUUAAAAGUGUCCAUGCCAAUGACGAAUUUUAGAACCAUAGCUUUAAUCACGCGUUUUCUGACUCUGGCCCAACCCAAUCGGUUUCUGGACCAAUCAGAUGGCCCAAAAUGUGCUAGCAUUCAGUGAAACGUCGGUGAGGUACUCCGAUCUGGACUCAUUGCUCUCAAGAACCUGACAUCCGAGGGAGUGGUGUAGGAUUUGGCCAGAGCAAAGAGUCUUGAUAGCCAGGAAAAUCCUGAGCCCCAGUAGUAUCUGAAAGUAGAAUCCAGUACAUUGUGGUUACAGCUUCCUGUGAAUGACGACAUAAACCAUUAUAUUCUUGCUGUAUGAUUGCUGCACUGCAUACACCCCUAUUACCAAUGUAAUUAUUAGUGCGGUUUGCGAAGCGCGAGACCCCACUUUAAAUGUGUCAUACUUUAUAUUAUUAUUAUUAAGCUAGAAACGCCAUUCAAACUUUAAACGUGCAGAGCGGUCAGGACCAAUGUGCUUGCGUACAACUUUUUAUAGCUUUUGUACUUUUUAAACUGCUAAGCUUUUUGUCCCUUAUUUACUUCUAUAGUUUUUAUUCAACAUUGUAAAGGUCCUUUUGUAACAUCAACUCCCAGACUUCCAACAUCCAUUCAUGGUGAAUAAUGCAACUUUUGACACAAAUCUGCAACUUUGACCACAUUUCCAGCACUUUAAAUAAAAACCUAGAGGGUAUGACAUUGAGGUCUACUUCUCUGAUAUUCAAAUCUGGAAUCAUGACAUGAUUAUCUACUACCAAUCAAAAGUUAUAGCGGUUUGUCUGAGUUUAGAGUGACGAAAAGCAGCUAAAUGAAGUUAGCUAACAGCUCUCAUGUCUCGUCGUUGAGAGGCCCAAACGAAGCCGUUGCUAUGGAUACCAAUGCAUUCCAAUGGCAAGAAAGUGCCAUGUACUAGAAUGGUAACAUUUUUUAAAUAAUCUACAUUUACAGUAUCUCCUCUUUAACCAUUUAAAUGAUCAACUCCAAACCAACAUUGAUAUGUUCAGACGGGCCCUACUUAGAUUGCUUGUCAAAAGAUUUGAUACUAUAUAUACACAUACAAUUGGUAGAAAUGAACAUGGGGUUUGAAUGAGACCAUAGGAAUACAGAGGUAGCUAUUCAAAAUGGUCUUGCUACAUGACCAACUUUAAAACAUGAAGGCUAUCCUAACUUCACUCAUUAAGAUCUUUAUCAACUACAGAUUUGCAUAAAAUAACUGCACCGUUCAACCUAGGGACACCAAACCAGCUUUCACAUGUUCAGGCUAUUCUAAAUUCAAAAUAUUGAACUGGUAUCAACUACAAAUAUAUAAAUUAGCACAUCAAUCAAAAGCUACAGCUCUUUGUCGGAGUUUAGUGACCAAAAGUAACUAACUAACGUCAGCUCUCAUGUCUCAUCAUUGAGCCGCCUAUGGAGACAAUUCUAUAGAUACUCAGGCAGAGGAGCGCAUGGUGCAGCGCAGGAAGCAAGGGACAGACCGAGAUCAGCUAUUGAUACUAACAAAAAGUUACUGUGUUGAGCAAUCGGGCGCUGGUAGGGCCUGAACGUCACCGGCAUGGGUAGGGCUCGGCCUAAAAUGUAAUGUAUUUCUGCUUUUCUUUUCAUUCAAACUUCUAAACACUUUCCCAAUAGGUUAGACAGAAACUUAGUGUAUGAUGUCGUCCUCUACGUCACUGCUAUUCAAGCUGAAAUGGUGAUCACUGUUAGCCUAAAUAGUUUAUUUAUUAGAUACAACUACAGCUAGCUUUCAGUAGGUCUACAUACAAACCUAUUAUACAUAGUUCAACUACCACUAAAAUACUUUUAAAGAUCUGUCAACACUAGAUGUGUCAUUUCCUCCCCAAAUAAUAGCCUAAUUGUUUCUAAUUCCUUUUGAGUUUCUCCCUUCCACCACAACGGCAAGUCUU